UGCAGUGUCUGCCAGGUUUACAAAAGUAUUAAAGUCACGGAACGUUACUGGUUAGAAAUUAUAUACAUACAUACAUACACGGUGUUUAGCAUCCCAGAUAGCUAUGCACUACAGUGACUUACAGUGAGUUACAAUGUACUCUUUCCCGCGGCAUCAGCUUCACGCACGCUGUAGACCAUGUGACACUGUACUACCGUCAAAGUGGCUCGACUGGAAACAGGAAAGGCAAUUUCUUGUGGUCAACAAAAAAAAUUAUUUCAUAAGCAAUGGGGCUGACAAAAUGUAGUCCUAUUUUAUUUAUUUGAAUUAAUUGUGUGGUUUUCUGUACGAUAGCGCAUAGUUAAACGAUGUACUGUUUGUCGGUAUUACGAAGAUCGUGUCUGCACACCUCAGCCAGGACUUUUAAAAAGAUACCACAAAAUCUGAAGGGGAAAAGUGCUUCAGAUCAGCGUUGGAUUGUAAGGCAGCUCAACGACCCCUUUGUCAAAGCUGCUCAUGGGCAAAACUAUCGAUGCAGGAGUGCCUUUAAACUUCUGGAAAUCGACGACAAAUACAAAAUUCUAAAGCCUGGGUGCAGUGUCAUCGAUUGCGGAGCUGCUCCAGGUGCGUGGAGCCAGGUUGCCGUUCAGAGAGUGAAUUCAGCUGGGACAAAUGCAGAAUUCCCUAUUGGCUUUGUAGUUGGAGUGGACCUUCUCCGUAUCGCACCACUAGAUGGAGCCCACUUCCUGUCCUUCUGCGAUGUCACUGACCAGACCACGCACACCCAGCUGCAAGAGCUUCUUCCCAAAGCCCAGGCGGACGUCGUUCUGAGUGACAUGGCCCCCAACGCAAGCGGCUUCAGAGAACUGGACCACGAAAGACUGGUGACCAUGUGUCUAUCAAUGGUAGAUUUGGCCGAGAGGGUUCUUAAACCGGAUGGCUCCCUGAUCUGUAAAUAUUGGGACGGGGGUCUGGCCCACCAGGUCCAAAGCAGACUGGCGCACGCUUUCCGUGACGUCAGGAUCGUGAAGCCCAAAGCUAGCCGCAAAGAGUCUGCGGAACUGUAUUUCCUCGCAAGGUUUUUCAAAAAGAAUAAAGCUGUUUAA